UGUCGGCCCAUCCCACACAGUGUGGCUGGAUGAUUGGUCGAGAGUGCGAAGAGGAAAAAAACGGCUAUCAAACGUACACUUCCACCAGAGUUUGUGUGUGCCUCUGUGGAAUUCCUCUGUGGCCCGCAGCAACUAGAGGCAACAGCCAAGCGGGUGUUUAGCGAGCGAGCGAGUAGUGAGCGAAAUCGGUAGCGACCGGGGGAUUAAAUUUACCAUCAGCGGCAACAGCAGCAGCAGCAGCAGCAAAUUAUCAACGAGGCGCUGCAUGUGAUCGAUCGCGGAAGCAAGCCGCAAAGCCAAAAGAAAAGCGUAACAACACUUUCACCCAACCACGUGGCACGCACGUGAAAAACAGAACCACUAGCGCACCCGGCCGCCACCACCACCACCACUACAUCCCGUUCGUCAGCCCUGAGCCCGACACAGACCCGGCAGCAGCAACAUGCAAGCGAUCAAAUGUGUCGUCGUCGGUGACGGUGCCGUCGGUAAGACGUGCCUGCUGAUCAGCUACACAACGAACGCGUUCCCGGGCGAGUACAUCCCGACCGUGUUCGACAACUACUCCGCGAACGUGAUGGUCGACGGCAAACCGAUCAACCUCGGGCUGUGGGAUACGGCCGGGCAGGAGGAUUACGAUCGGCUGCGGCCCCUGUCCUACCCGCAGACGGACGUGUUUCUCAUAUGCUUCUCGCUCGUCAAUCCGGCCUCGUUCGAGAACGUGCGGGCGAAAUGGUACCCGGAGGUGCGCCACCACUGUCCGAACAUACCGAUCAUACUGGUCGGGACGAAGCUCGAUCUGCGGGAUGACAAGAACACGGUGGACAAGCUGCGUGACAAGAAGCUGUCGCCGAUCACGUACCCGCAGGGGCUGGCCAUGGCCAAGGAGAUCGGUGCGGUCAAGUACCUCGAGUGUUCGGCGCUGACGCAGAAGGGCCUCAAAACGGUGUUCGACGAAGCGAUCCGGGCAGUGCUCUGUCCGAUGAUUCCGCCGAAGAAGAAACCCAAGUGUAACAUCCUCUAAAGAUUGUUCGCUUUAUUUUCUUUUUAAAAUCACACACACAUACACAUACAUGAAAACACAGAAACAAGAAACAAAACAACAAACACAAUACAAUCGCGCUUUUGCCUAGCUCUUCUUCUCGUUCCCCUUACGCGCCCCUCGGUAUGGCCGGGGGUGCAUUGGAGGUUGUGUCAAUGCAAGGGGAAGCGGAUUGGUUUAUUCCCAAAAUGGCACCUUCAUCCUGGUUCCUGGUUCCCACCAACACUUCUCCAACCUACUUCUCCUGUUAGAAAAAUGACCCGAAUUAGGCCGAUUAUAUUUAAAAAAAAAGAGUAAAUCAAAACAAACGACACGCACGCGUGAUGAAAGAGCACAGAAACGCUACGACAGCAAAUCAAUCUAUUAGCAAGCAAAUUCCUCCGAGGCGCAACACGAAAAUCGAGUACAAAAAUUAAAAAAGCUCUCCUGGUCGCGUUUUGAUGUGAUUAGAAGAGCAUCAACACCGAUUGGCAGAUUGGAACAAAAGUGAGAAAAAAAUCAAUUGGAACACAUUGUACGACAGACGAUAGAAUGCAUUCAUGAAUCGCCCCACUUCCAUCUCAGCCAUCGUUCACUCAUCAAUUCCCCUCGGUCAUGUUCAUAUUAACGUUCAUUCACAAUGGCUUGGCGCCACCGGCUCCCCGGCGGUAUGUGUGUGUGUGCGUGCGGCCUUCGGCGCAUCCUUUUCAGUUUGUGUGUUUUAUUGCGUUUUUCCCCCAUCUAUUGUCGUAAAUGCCAGUUUUAGAAGAAGGAAGAGUAGGAAUUACGUAGAUCUGUAGCAAGGACAGCAGAAGAAGCGUGAAACUAAGCAUGGAAUACCAAUCUGCCUUAUGGAAGGUGGUUUUGCAUAUUUGUUUUGCGAAGAAAUGUGACCGAGAAUGGAACGAUAUUUACGCAACAAAGCGUGAACAUGUGAAGCCUGAAGCCGAAAACAAUGCACCAUUCGCGUGUGUAUCCUGUGCCGAAUGCGACGGCUGAGCAGUGGACAGGACAAGCAGGACAGGAGGGGAGGUGUUCCAGCAAAUAUCAUCCUCAAACUAUCGGCAAAACACUUCACCCGAAUGGACGGAGAAGGCACACCGCCUGGUUGGUUUAGCGUAAAAGAACCAAAACUCACCAAAUCAAUCUAAAACAGAAACAGUUUAAUGGUGGAACAAACGCAUACACACUCAAUAAGAUCGGAGCCAGAAAAGCCAAAAUGUGGAGCGGAUGUUAAAGUUUGGCAAAAGGUUAAAUUGGAAGACGAUAGUGAACGAUGGAAGUUUGCUUUCAAUAUUUUAUUUUGUUCGUUUGCUUUAAACUUCGUAAGUAUGAGCUACAACAGCAGUAGGACGAUAUGGCUGGUAGGCAUCUUUAGCGGCUAUUCACUUCUUAUUUUAUACGCAAGGCUUGGCUUGCGCAAGUGUGUGUUGAAUAUUAUUAUGAUUAUUUUUGGUAUUACUUCAUAUUGAUAUUCUAAACAUUAGGAUGCAUAAUGAGGUUUAAUAUACAGAAGAUUUUAGAACUGAUUUUAAUUUGUAAUUGAAGCAUGUUCCUUGCAUGCUGUUCAUUAUGAUUUAAUGUCUAUCGAGCUCUAAUGGAAGUACAUUAUGUUUUUGAUCUAUUUUUUAUGUUAUUUCUAUAAACACAUUAAUGAAAGGAGAAAGCAUUUCUACCAUACUUGUCGGAUGUUUGAUGAUUUUCGUGAUCUUCAAAAAAAAAAUUAUGAGGCGUAAUUGAUAACAUGCAGAAAACAAUUGCUAAAGGGAGAACUUGUUCGUCACCGCAAAUGCUGGGAGAAGAAAGGUUGUUAAGGUCGUGGUGUGGAGCAUAGGAACAGUGGAAGAAGUAGCAGAAGACUAGGAAUAUCGGGGAGAGCAGGCUGCUGUAGUAGCCAAAUAGGUGGGACCGUUUGCCGUCGUGUGGUGGAGCCGGUGUUAGAUUUUAGUUGAACUGGGAGCAUCCCGUGCGCAGUCCUCCCCCAAACACAUCCAUGCCCGUUAAAAUUACGAUUAAAGAACGGCAAGUAAAACCAACAAAGCAAAGCAAACAAAACAAAACAAAACAAAAAAAAGCAAAAUGCAUAUAUACAAGCGAAGAAGAGCGGGAAGUGGAGGUACAGAAACAAACCUAAAAUCAAACAAAACUAUGUAAGAUAGGUGUGCGUGUGUAUGUGUAAAACGAAUACACAAAAAAAAUCGAGAUUCGAGAUGACGUGGUUCAAAUUGGCCGAGCAAGAGGGACACGCCAGGAGGAGACGAAACAGUAGCAAGGGAUCACAUUUCCGUGCAUGCGUGCGUGCGGCGUGCGUGUCUGUAUGUAUGUGUAUGUAUGUAUGUAUGUAUGUAUGCGUGGUGAUUGUUCUUUAGAAAUAAUGGCUUAGGAGAGUUGCAAAUCAUACGCAAAUCGAAUCACACGAAACAAAGGGGAAAAAUGCCGCCUGCAGCAGCUCUACAACAAGCUUACUUAAAAGCUCCGUUGUGCUGGAUGCAUCCUUUUGUAUGCAAUUAUUGUUUAUGCUUCCACCGUUUAUCUGUGGUGCAUAUCGUUUAUGCUGUCAGGCCCUUUUCGUGCUGCUCUUACCGUUUCGCGCUCUUAAAUCGUACGUAGAUUUCAACGCAAACGGUGAUUGUAGUCGAUAAUGUGCGUGUGUGUUUGUGUGUGUGUGAGUGUGUUUGUGUGUAAAGCCAAUGUUUCACUGUAAUCACAGAACAAUCAUUUACACUCUCUGUACAUCGCUCUGCUUUAAGUUUUUAGGGGCGAAGGCAAACCAUUUGCCCUGAAGAUGGCACAUCCAUCCAUACAUAUAUUCAGUUGCUUCCUCUCCUUCAUCUUGCGAAGGAAAACACAUAGAACAGCCAAAUCGGGUGUGUAUGUGUGUGUGUGCGCGCGCCCUUCGCCCUGCCAGUACACGCCCAAACACACCCACAAAAACUUGUCAUUAUUCAUCUGUUUUAUCACUUUUUUUCUCUCUUCUCCGUCUGUGUAAAAGAGUGUAUAGAUGUUUUGUUGUCUCUGCUGCGAAUGCGCUUUUUGUAAUCGCUAUGUGUAUGCACGCGUGCGUGUGUGUGUGUGUGUGUAUGCGAGUGUGUGUGUAGCCUAGUUUUCCGUUACCGAGAACAAAGCAAAAAAAAAGGGAGCAAAGCACACAAACCUGCUCUAACACGUAAAGCGGAAGUAAUUAGAAUGGAAGCAGUAAUAAGCAAACAAAAACCAUACCAAGAAAGAACAGCCGUACUCCGUAACCAAAUAGUUGUAAAGGUGAGCAUAAAACACGCACACACAUACACACAUACAUACGUACGUGAAAACCUAAAAAAAAGUAAGCAAAAGUAAAACUCUACUGUGAAAAAAGUGGAAGUGGAGCGUGAAAAUCCACUCUUUUGCGAGUGGAGAUGUUGAAGCGAAUGGUGAAAUUUGUAGCUAACAAACUUCCUCUAUCCUCUUAAUCAGGACGAGCGUGUGAAGAGGAGAAGAAGAAGGAUGGUGCCGAAGAAGUAGAAGAAGCAAAAGGAGGAGGGAGAAUCGAUGAAGAGAAGAAAAACUUUAUAACAAAGUGUAAUGCAUUAAUAUUAGGUAGGCUGAGAUAUAUAGGCGUGCGCUUUUCCUGCGUUUUUGUUUUCAAAAAACUAACAGAUGGGAAAGUGUAGAUUAAUACAAAUAAAAAAAAAACACA